AUGCUCAUCAAGGAGUACCGCAUCUGCAUGCCACUCACCACCGAGGAGUACCGCGUGGGGCAGCUCUACACCAUCAGCAAGCACAGCCACCAGGAGAGCGAGAAGGGCGAGGGGGUGGAGGUGGUGAAGAACGAGCCCCACGAGGACCCCGUCCACGGCCCCGGGCAGUUCACCGAGAAGAGAGUUCACCUCUCCAGCAAACUGCCAAGCUGGGCACGGGCAGUGACCCCCCGCAUCUUCUACAUCACGGAGAAGGCCUGGAACUACUACCCCUAUACCAUCACUGAGUACACGUGCUCCUUCCUGCCCAAGUUCUCCAUCUACAUCGAGACCAAGUAUGAGGACAACUGCGGGGACAGCGAGAACAUCUUCCGCAGUGAGAAAAUCCUGGGGGACCAUGAGGUCUCCUUCCUGGACAUCGCCUUCGACGAGAUCCCUGAGCGCUACUACCGCAGCCUGGAGGACCCUCGUUUCUUCAGCUCAGCCAAGACGGGCCGGGGCCCGCUGCAGGAGGGCUGGCGCCAGCACACCAAGCCCAUCAUGUGCUCCUACAAACUGGUCAGCGUCAAGUUCGAGGUGUGGGGGCUGCAGACCCGCGUGGAGCAGUUUGUGCACAAGGUGAUCCGGGACAUCCUGCUGAUUGGGCACCGGCAGGCCUUUGCCUGGGUGGAUGAGUGGUGUGGGAUGACGAUGGAGGACGUGCGGCGCUUCGAGCGGGAGACGCAGGAGGCCACCAACGAGCUCGUCGGCCUGGUGGCACCAACCAUUUCGGUCAGCGAGGUGGCACCGCCCGCCGCCACGCACUCGGCCCCCGCCAGCGCCCCCUCCACCCCGCUCAGCGACGAGCCCCCCGAGUUCCUCGCUCCUCCCAAGGCUCGGCCGCGCAAGAAGUCGGCGCCGGAGAGCCUGACGCUGCCCCGGGACCGCGCCGGUGCCGAGUGA